ACAUGAGCUUUCUUUUCUUUUUUUUUGGGAGGAAAAACAUGAGAUCAAUUCUUGAAUUAUGUUAAAUCUCAUUUGAAGGUAAAAAAAAAAACAUGAGAAUAAUUCUCGGCAUUUCAUUCGUCUUCCUCACAACCUCGUCUUCAUCAAUCAUCCACGCCUGUCCGAAUUCAAACUGCGGCGACUUGUUCAUCACUUAUCCUUUCAAACUGCAGAGCUCGCAAACUGCAGAAGACGGCUGCAGCUACGUCGAUCUGCGAUGCAACGGCGCCCCCGAUUUUGCAACCGCGAUGAAUCUCCCCAACGGCGGCGGAGAUCUCUACGUGCGUAACAUCUCCUACGAGUAUCCAUACAUACAGCUCUACGAUCCCGGAAACUGCCUCGUCGGACGACUCAUCGGCCUCAACAUCAGCCUCAGCCUCGCCUCGUCUCCUUUGGAGGCGUUCGCGGGCGCAAAAUACGCACUCUACACGUGCCCGGCAGCCGCCGUGGACGUAGCAAGAGAUGGUUUAUAUCGAAUCGAUUGCCUCAGCAACACGACGAAUGUCACAGUUGCUGUGGAUUUUCCACCAUUACUGGGCUUGGAAGGUGUUGGCUGUCAAGAAAUUGGGAACUAUGUGCUCCCAUUUACAUCUGAUGGAUUCUACGACGAUCUCUACUUGACAUGGGAUUCAACAAGCUGCCCGGCUUGCGCAAAUACAGAUGAUAAUAACUCGUGGGACGGAUUCUCUGGAUUGCCCUAUUUCAGUUCGAUCUUUGUAGUGAUAGUAGUGAUGCUCACAGCCUCUUCAUUUCUCAUUACAAGAAAAAUAGUUGGGAGGCUCAGCCCCAACGCCGUCGCCAAUGGGCUGCCGGUGGCAGCGCCGCCGCCACUGGCAGCGCCGUCGCCACUGGCAGCGCCGCUGCCACUGGCCGUCGUUGGAGGUGUGGAGGAAUCUAAAAUCGAAUCAUACACGAAGUUGAUGGCUCUUAGUGAAAGCAUUGUUGAUUCUCAUGGGUGUCCCAUUUGCUUGGAAAGCUUUGAAGCUCAAGAGCUUGUUAGAAGCAUUGUCCCUUGCCACCAUUGCUUCCAUGCUCAUUGUAUUCUCACAUGGUUAAUCAAAAGCAGAACUUGCCCUGUUUGCAGAAUCAUCCUUUCUGAGACAUGAUACUUCUUUCGUCCCUUAAAAUUAUGUAUUUAUUUCUUUUUGGUACGUUCGCGUGGACCACG